AUGGAGGCCUCUGAGGAGACGCCAGCACUGGCACCACCUCAGCCCUCAGAGCCUGAGGCAGAGUUCACUCCCGUUACUUGGGGAAACCAGUCAGGAGACGUGGACCCCUAUGACUUGACCAUCCUUCAUUUCAAGGACGUGUACGACGUGGACCCGAGGCAUGAGGAGCCCGUAGAAGGCCCUGCUAGAUUUGCAAUAGGUGUGAAAAAGUUCAGCUUCUUGAAUCCACUCUUGAUUUUCAGUGGCAACUGCUUAAAUUCUUCAGUUUUAAGUACAAUAACAUAAGGAAAGCAUAUGAUUUCUAUAUUAAAUGAAUUGGGAGUACAUUUUCCAGUUUUUGAAAACCAUGAGUUUGAUUUUGGUGUGGAUAUUUUGGAAGAAUAUAUGAAACAAAUGCACUUUACAUGGUUUCUCAGUAAAGUCCACAACAAAUUUACUUCAGAACCUCUUGGACAUGGUGCAGUAAAGAAAACAGUUAAUUGGAACAAUAUAAAAAUUGGCUUAAUGGGAUUAGUUGAAGAAGACUGGCUUGAUACUCUGGCUACAGUCAGUAAGUCAAAUGUAAGCUAUAAAGAUUAUGUUGAAGUUGUGAAUGAAAUAGCAGUAGAACUCAAGGAAGAAGGAGCAGAUCUUGUUAUUGCAACGACUCAUAUGAAAUGGGGAAAUGACACAAGCCUUGUCCAAUGAGUAGAAGGGGUCAAUUUGACUCUAGGAGGCUAUGACCAUGAAUAUGGAAUCAGGAAGGUGAAUGAGACUUGGAUUGUCAAAAGUGGAUCUGAUUUUAAAAAUCUGAUGAAAAUAAAUAUAAGGCUAUUUGAUACUUCUUUCCAAUAUGUAUUUGAAAAAGUGGAUGUUUUGAGUUAUUUGGAAGAAGAUUCAUAUAUCAAAGCAAUAGUAAGAGAUUUUACUCAAAACAUACAGUAUAUGUUGGAAGAAGUUCUCUGCCCAACUGAUAUGGAAUUAGAUGGCCAUGAAAUUACUGUAAGAAGAUCUGAGAGCAAUUUGUUAACUAAUGCAAUGUUAGAGUCCACUCAUGUUGAUGUAGCAUUGCUUAAUUCAGGCACUCUGAGAUCUGACGGAAUACAUCUACCAGGAAAUUUCACUUUGCACGAUCUUUUGGCUGUUCUUCCCAUAGUGGACCCAGUUUUAGUUAUCAGACAGGUCUCACUUGAAAAUGGGAUUUACAAGUACCCUGCCCUAGAUGGGAGGAUCAUUUUGGCUCUUUUGGGCUCUUUGUAUAUCCAAAAUGAAUUUUAG